UAAUUUACCUUCAACAUAAAAAGCCUAUACAGUAAACAUCCUAAUGAUUCAUUCUAGCAUUAAUAGAAAACCAAGUUCAGCUACUUAUUUUAAUUUCUUUAGUGAAGAAAAAGAAUACUGAAGUGUUCACAGAAUGGCUUCUACUACUGCUCUUAUUAUUUCACUUCUAUUUGUUCUUGUACCUACCACCCUUUCACAGACCUUUGGUAACAUACCUGCAGGCCCCACCGUGUCGUCGUGUGGGCCACUCCUGUUUCAAUUGGCUCCCUGUGGACCGUUCGUGCAGGGCGUGUCGCCCUCACCGACACAGCGGUGUUGCAUUAACCUUAGGCAACUCUAUAGCCAGCAACCAGGUUGCCUUUGCCUGCUGCUCAAUCAAACUGGCAUCAGCACUCUUCCUCUCAACGCUACAUUAGCUCUUCAGUUGCCACUUCUUUGCAGUAUGCAUGUUGACAACUCAACUUGUUCAGUUUCUGAAGGACUGCCUCCUAACUCACCAACACCUCAAGUUUCUCUCGGGACAAAUAGCAAUUCAACUGUUGCUGCUUCACCAAUGGUAACAGUCGCGCCUAAGACGGCCAGCAUUUUGGGUUUAGGGUUUAACACCAGCUCUGCUGCAAACUUCAACGCGAAGGAGAGUUUGAUCAUCACAGUGCUAGCAGCUUCAUGGGGUGCAUUAUUCUGGCUCUAGCCAUUUCUGUAUUGUUUGUCUCUCAUUAUUGAAGAAUAUGCUUUCAGUACAUGUCCUAUCAGAGAUUAGUUUGUCCACUCAUAUUAAAACUAGGUAUUCCCCUGACCCUUUUUCCAGAAUCAUAUGCCUAUUUAAUAGAGCAUAUAUUUAUGCUCAUAUGCCAAUUUCAUAGCAUCUCUUUUUAUCUGUACUAAUGAUUAUUCUCAAUGACAAUUCAAGGCACAAUUAUAUUAGGACUAUUGGUGCCAUAUUCCAUUUGAA